AAAACAGAGCGUCUGAUAAGGGAACGUGUUUAUCACUGCUAUAGUGUAGGAGAUAACUGGAAAUAACUUGUUUUGUUGAUAUUCCAGAACUUUAAACUUAACACCAAAUGGUUAAAAUUGAUCAUGUGCGAUUCUUCUUUAAUACAUGAAUGUAAUUGCUCAAGAAUUCCAGGGUUGUAUGAUAUGGUCAGGCUGCAUCACACCACCAGCACCAUGGUGAUUAUUUGGAUUAGUUCCCAAUAACAGCACACCCCAUUGUGUUUUAUUCCUCACUUAUAUUGGGUUUACAUUAAUGUGUGCUAGCAGGAUUGUCAAAAUGCUGAUUUACACCCAGCUCUUCACUCAGAGCAAAACACGUCUAAAGUAACAAUUGGUAUAAACUGUGUACACAUGUAGUGGUUUCCUUUACAUUAGGUACCUGAACGAAGGCUUUCAUAGUCGUGUGCAGAAAAAUGCCAUCGGAGGUCUAGAAGUGUGGAAAUGAGGACAAAUAUCAUCGCUAGACAUUUAUCUUUUAUUACCUCUCUUUGUCACCGAGUGUUAUUUCAGAGAUUACCGUGUCCCAUAUAUUUCAUUCUUUAUGACCAAGCAAGAAUAGAGAGAAUCUCGGGUUCCAUGGCCGAGCGGAGGAAGAGUGAGGUGUGGUCAGCCCCCGGAGGCUCUGCUAGCCCUGAGAGUGACCUCUCAAGUCCCUGCUCAGAGGCUAUAACUCUUCCCAAAAGAUUCCUUUGCAUUUGUCUACCUAGGACACUUGAGAUUUGUCCAUGACGGCUGCAAUAGCACACGACUCACUGUUGUAAAUGAUUGAAAUAAAUACACAUUGUCAUACGAUUUCUCCUGAAUAAGUGACUGUGUAAAUGAUUUGGGUCAUCAGCAAUGGAAUCUACAUCAGCAGUCAUCCCAAAUGGAUCACUUUAUGGUUUAUGGUGUCUUAUCCUUACAUCAGCCCAGUCUCUGAAACCUGAGCAUGGAGAAGGGAUGGUCCGAGAACAACCCAUCCUUAUUUUCCUUAUCAUUGUGUAGAACAUGUUUUCGAGUGCCAGCAAGGUUUAAAGAGAAAAAAAAAGCCCUAUUUAUUUAGUGUCCAGCACAACAGCAUAUCGCAUCUGCUCUGUUUACUGGCCCGCUUGGGAAAAGUCAUACUGGGAGAAGGUGAUUGAGGCAAGGCUUAUAAAUUUGUCAGAGUGCUGGUUACAAGGUUUACUUUGUGAGCAAUUUGUCCGCAUGAUGGCUCUAGACUUCUCACCAGUCAUGAUAAAGGUAUUACUAUGUGUACUGGCAACCUCGGCUCUGUCAAAAGGAAUGUUUAUAAAUAAUCAAACAAAGAUUUUUGCACCUCCCCCUCCGGGCUCACCUGACAGGCCCAUUCCCCCUGAAUUCUGGGGUUCUGGUGAUUAUCCUCCACUGCCUGACAAGAACAUGCCACAACAAGCCAACUACAUAAUGGAUGGUGGCCCUCCACAGAUACGCACUGGCUCCCAAAUGUGGUAUGGGAUGCCGAAUGAUAUGUCUGCUCCAACAGAGAACUAUCCUAUGCCACCAAACGGUUAUCCCUUGCCACCAGAUAGUCGGUCUCAUGCUCUCCACAGAAGUAAUGUAAUAGACUUGACAUAUUGUGAUAUGAUCUUGGAAGCCCCUGUGCCCCCAACUGCAGAUCAAGUACCCUGGUUCUGUACCUGUACUUUGUGCAAAGGAUCUUGGCAGAGCGAAAAGGGUGAUAAAGGAGACAGAGGCCUACCAGGUCAACCUGGGAGUACAGGAAGUAGAGGUUUACCUGGUCCACGUGGUCCACUAGGUUUCACAGGGCCAACAGGAUUUAAGGGCCAGAAAGGUGAUGAAGGUACUACAGGGAACGAUGGUCCACCGGGUCCAAUGGGAAGAAUCGGAGACCGUGGAUUCAAAGGUGACAAAGGAGACAUGGGUACGGCAGGAAUGCCAGGGGACUCAGGACCUCCUGGACCACCCGGGGAUUGUUCUUCAACAUGCGGUUCUGUAAGUGGAUCUCCAGGAGAAGUUGGAUUACCAGGGACAGUUGGGCCUAGAGGACUCCCAGGAAGCUCAGGAGAACCUGGGCCAAAAGGCGAGAAGGGAGAUCAGGGUGAAAUCGGUAAGCCUGGAGUUCCAGGCUUUAAUGGGUUGAAAGGAGAUCAAGGUAUACAAGGUGUGUGUAAUUGCACGGACGGGGCUAAGGGUGAAAAUGGAAUUGCUGGGUCUCCUGGUCCAAAAGGUGAAAAAGGGAAUGCUGGUUCUCAGGGGCUUGAAGGGGUAAGUGGUCCUAAAGGUGUAAAGGGAGAGAUGGGACAGACAGGUCUCCCUGGCCCAUGCUCUCCUGCCAUCCAGUCAGGGUUUUCUGCAAGACUGGCUAUCACUUACCCAAAUUCAGACAGUCCUGUGCCCUUUAGCAUAGUCAUUUACAAUCUAGAGGGUCACUACAACCCCAUUAAUGGUGUCUACAAGGCUCCCGUCAAUGGCACAUACAGCUUCAGCUACAAUUUAUGUGCCUUUAACAAAGUGCUCAAAGUCGGGCUCUUCCAAAACUUUGCCCCGGUCAUAAAAAGUACUGGGCAGGUAAACCUUGCAAUGGUCUCUCAGUCUGUGCUUCUGCACUUGAAAAUGGGUGAUGAAGUGUGGAUUCAGGUAAAAGACAUGAACAGUAAUGGUUUCUGUACAGGCAGUGAGGCCAGUAGCACCUUCACUGGCUACCUGCUUUACCCAGACAGCUGUGAUGUUCCCUUAUCCCGAGACAUACCUGAGCCUAUCAGUGGCUCAUACAGCUGGGGCGAUGGCCCAUAAAUGUAAUUGUUUAAAUUCCUAAAUAGCUAAAAUAUAAAAAUAUAAAAGACAACAAAACUCUUUAGUAUCUAUAUUGAUACUUUUCAUCUGCUUUGACUUUUCCUACAUAGGAUCAAAACCUCGGGUAUAGCAGUUGAUUUUGAAAGGUCAGUUAUCAGAGGUUUUGAUGCUUAGUCACCUAUUUGGGUUUGGGUUUUGACACUAUAGUCACUUAUAUAGCAAGAGAUAUCUGGGUCUGAUCCACUUCUGAAAGAACGGUAACUAAAUUUAAAAAUAAAACUUGACCGACAGAGAUAAAAUCAUUCUUUGUAAUUAGCCCUUCUGCUCAGAUAUUUCUUAGCCUUCAAAUAAGGUACGGCAUGUUCAGUGGACAUGAUGAUCAUUUGAAACUGAAUAGAAUUAGCAUGAACGAUUGCACAACGGACGAGAGAUUGUAUGUACUGGAAACUGAAGUCAAUUGGUUUUGUAUGUGUAUGUGACCCUGUUAUGUUGUCUGACUUUACAGCAUUUUAUCCUAAUCUUAUCUCAACUGUAUUUCUUGUGAUCUGUCAUUUGUGCUGGAAAAGCAAGGAGGUCUGACCAGCUACCAGCGUCAAAUCACAGUCUGAGCUGGUCAGACUGGUAGACCGGUUUUUCAGCUUCAUUAUUACUUGAAUCAAUUAAUAAAUGUCUGAGAUU